AUGGAUCCAAAGCGGUUGUUGUUGCUUCAUCCUCACUCUCAGCGAAGGCUUGGUGUAGUGAUCAAACACUUGUGUUUUUUUCCUCUUUCUCAUCAUGACCACCAUCAUCAAGAAAAGAAGAAUUACUUUAAGAAAAUUCAUACGGCUUUACCAUUGGCCCACUAUUCCGGAAUGAACGUCUCUGGUUUUUCAUCAGGACGAUCCUUUCAUCAAAUUCAAAGAAAUUUCACAAGUGGUACCACUAAUUUGAGCCACAACAUUAAACAAGACUAUUCGGCACCCCAAACAUCUAAUUUAUUUAAGCAAUAUUGGGAAUCCAUUCAUUCUUUCAUACAGGAUGGUAACAAGAGUCUUGAAGAGAGUAUCUGUGCACUUCCUGGAUUAAAUAUUUCCAAUAUCAACAAGUUAGAAAUUCCUGAAGAUGUGGCUUAUAAACUUGCGCAGUUGUACAUGAAUAAGCUCGACAAGAACGGUAAAAUACGAUUUUUUGAGGUGAUGGUGAUGCAUUUUGGAGGAAUACCAAUCUCAGCAUUAUUACACAUGAUGAGAUAUGAUAAUAAUAGCGACUCUAUGGGUCAUGAAAGUGAAAAUUAUUCCAAAAUUCUUUCCCAAACAAUUGACAAGUUAAGAACAUCAUUGCAAAAUGUACAAUUAUUAAGCCAAAAUGGAGAGCAUGUGGAACGUCAUAUUUUGGGAUUUCUUAAUUCAAUUCAACAGUUGAGAACGACCAUAGAGCCAUAUUAUGAAAAAUUCCUAGAACAAUAUAUCUUGACACUCAUGAAAAAAGAGGUACCUUUCAAUUCUCAAAAUCUCAAUGGCUUGGAGUUUGUUAUGCAAAUGAGACAAGAUUUAUUGGAUAUAAUUUCAACGCUCCAAAAACAAUCAAACAAUAUCAACCAGGAUUACAAGAAGUAUAUUUUACCAUUUUUACUUAAUGAUCUCAAUACUAAUCUUGUUAGGCUGUUGUCUAGUUGGUUCUCUCCAUCUUUUCUUGAAUGUAAAGAGUUGGAUUGGAGACAAACUAAUGCUCAAUUAUUGGAGAAGAUUAUUUCCUCAGAACGUGUACAUCCAAUAGCGAGUAUGGAAGUAUUGAAAAACAGACUUGCACCAACCCCAAAUCGAAAAAUGUAUGGACUAUUUCAUUCUUCAAUGCCAAGAGUGCCGCUUGUGGUGCUACAAGUCGCUCUCAUGGAUCAUAUUGCUUCAAAUAUGCGAGAAAUUCAUGACGUUAAAAAGGAUUUACCUCAGCUUGUGAACACUGCAAUUUUCUACUCAAUAUCUUCCACUCAAAGUGGAUUACAAGGUAUUGAGCUUGGCAAUUACUUGAUCAAAAAUGUGGUGGGAAUUUUACAGAAAAAAAGAUUGAUCACUGAUAACUUUACUGGAGAUAUUAAUCAAUUUAGCACCUUGUCACCCAUUCCAGGAUUUAUUCGUUGGUUAUCUCAAAAGUUGAGAAUUGAGUGUUCCCAAGAUGAGGAGCUGAAACAAAAAUUUCAUGACGAAAAGCUUCUUUCAAGAUCUGAUAUGGAUCUCAUCAAGCAGAUUGCUACUGAAGAUCCUAAAUUGUUUGGAUUUCAAUCGUUGGAAGAGGUCAGAAUGAAAUCUGGAUGUGAGCUACUUCUCGCAUUGGUCGAAUUUAUUUUAUCGUCACCAGAGGCAACAUCUUUACAUCCUAGUGACAAACUUCAAUCUAUUAUGCUUCGAUUAUGUGCCAGGUAUUUGUACUCGGAGAAACACAAAUCCAAGGCGUUGGACCCAGUUGCUAACUUUCAUCUAAGAAAUGGAGCAUGUUUGGAACGCAUCAACUGGAAAGGAGAUUUGUCUCAACGAAGAUUGAAAGAGAGUUAUGGACUUAUGGUAAACUACAAAUAUGUUUUGGAAUUGAUCGAUGAAAAUCAUCACGAUUAUGUCAUUACUGGAGCAAAUAAGAUUAGACUUGGAGAAUUGUUUGACAAAAGUUUAUUGGAAUAG